CAAUCAGACGGAGGAACAGAAACAGAGAGAGAGAGAGAGAGAGAGAGAGAGAGAGAGAGAGAAGGGGGAGAGCAUGAUAAAAGAAAAGACACUCCAAAUUUAAAGCUGCCUCUCACAACCAGACUAACUCUCACAGCGAGAAGAAGAGCUCAGAGCGCACACACAUGAGUGCGACGUGGUCCAGGAAAGAUCUCGACAAACCCGACCCGAUGUCGAAACCAGACCCGAUGUCCAAACCAGACCCGAGGUGCAGCAGCUGGUCCAAGCAGGACAAGGCGGAGAAGCAGCGGGCGCGAUGCGACAUCGCAACCCAGCGUCUGAGCCGAGACCUCACCUGCUCCAUCUGUCUGGAUCUGUUCAAGCAGCCUGUGUCUCUACCUUGCGACCACACCUUCUGCAAGACCUGCAUCACGGGCUACUGGGCCAACCCCAGCCCCCAGGGCCAGGCCGCCACAGGCUCCUGCCCUCAGUGCCGGAAGGUGUUUCCUGGCCAGAGCUACCGGUCCAACCGCAUCGUGGCCAACAUUGUGGAGAGCUACUGCCAGGGUCUGGAGGAGAGCAGUGGGCGUGGGGCGUCGGUGCUGGAUGUGGUGCCCGCUCUUCCACGCUGUGCCCGCCAUCGCGAAGAGCUGAAGCUGUACUGUGAAGAAGACCAAGAACUCGUGUGUCUGAUCUGUGGGGUCUCUCAGGAACAUCGCACUCACGCGCUGGUGUGUAUCCAGGAGGCACAGCAGAGAUACAGGACAUCACUGAGCAGCUCGGCCAGCGCGCUGCAGACAGAGCUGAACACGGCGCUGCAGUGUGAGAGGGAGACGGAGGAUGAGGUGAAGAAGCUGAAGGAGCACACUGCAGACCUGAAGCAGCGGAUUGAGGCUCAGUUUUGUGACCUGCACCAGCUCCUCUACCAGGAGGAGAAACUCCUGCAGGUGAAGCUGAAGACGGAGGAGAGGCGCGAGUUGAUCCGCCUGGACGAGCACAAGGCCCUGCUGUGUGUAGAGAUCUCACGGCUCCGCCGAGCUCUUGCUGACAUUGAGGAAAAACUCAGCGAGCAGGACCCAUACACACUGCUCAGGACUAUAAAGAGUCUCCUUCAGAGGCAGCCUCUGAAGUUUGAGAAGCCCGUGCUGACGCGACCACAGCUGUGUGAGGGCCGAUUUGCUGGACCACUCCAGUACCGAGUAUGGAAGUGCCUGAAAGGAAGCAUUUAUCCAGUGCCAUCUUCCAUCACGUUCAACUCGAGCACAGCGAACCCGUGGUUGAGCCUGACGCCGUCGCUGACGUGCGUGCGCUACCAGACGUUCAACAGCUCAGCACAGGACAACCCUCAGCGCUUCAACGCUGCACUGUCCCUGUUGGGCAGCCAGGGCUUCACGCAUGGACGCCACUACUGGGAGAUCGAGGUGUGUAGCAGCACCGUGUGGAAGGUGGGCGUGGCCCGUGAGUCAGUGCCCAGGAAGGGCCUGAUCAAGGCCACGCCCACUAACGGCUUCUGGACCAUCUCGCUGUCCUACGGGGUGCAGUACAUGGCUGGUACGGCGCCCCCUACUGUCCUGAGCCUGGAUGAGCAGCUGGACCGCAUCGGUGUGUACCUGGACUAUAAGAGAGGCCUGGUGUCCUUCUACAACGCGGAGAGCAUGACGCACCUCUACACAUUUCGGGACACCUUCACCGAGACGCUCUAUCCCUACUUCAACCUUGGCUUCUUGGACAAGGUUCAUGAGAACGAGCCUCUCAAAGUUUUUACACCAAAGAUUUGAGGCCGUCACACACACACUAGUGCAGUGAAGCUCCACAUCAGUGGCUGAGGGUGGCAAGAUUUGAGCAUCUCUGCACCAAGGCAAUGAAUGCUUAUCUAAACUGAUCUAGGAUCAGAAUAAACCUGUACUGCUCUGGCUGGACCGAGAUGACGAGAUAGUUUGUUAAUGCAGGUCAUGAAAUCAUCUCAGAGUAACAGCACAUAUCCCAAAUCACGUUGUUACCAUAAACCUCACAAACAUUGUCAACUGACAGAAGUUAGUCAACAUGCUCUGAGAUGUCUGUGAAUUCAGGACAGAUCUUUGUAAGCUACAUAUUUACUUUAACUAGUCUACCUGUUUACCUUUUUAUAUGUAUCUAUAUAUUUGUAACAGUACAGUAAAAGCAUGCUUUAUUUUUGUAAUCUAACAGUCUGAAUGUUUUAUAAGGACUCAGGCCGUUUACAUUCAGUUAGUUCUGAGUUUUGAAAGACACCCCAUUACCCAAUCAGGGGUUAGUUUUUGAACUGAAACUACAUCCCUACAAAUGAGAGAGUGCGAGAGAGAUGAAAAGAGAGUUUCAGAUGAAGUGAUUGAAUUCAGUCAAACAACAUGGACCAAUCACUGAUCAGCAGUUUUUCAUAUCCAGAUCACCAUCGACAGUCACAUGUGUAAUGGGGUGUUCAGGAGUGUAAUCUUGUGAACAGAUAUCAAUAAAAUAUCAAUACAA